AUGCCGUUCGAACGUCAAGCUAGAAAAUACGGAUGGAGCGCCAUGGAAAGAGUGGACAGGCUACAUGAGUGUUUGAGAGGAGCUGCAGUGCGGUAUGUCUGUUCAUUACCAGAACGUACAAGGGAAGAUUAUGUCCUCCUGGUCGAGCAACUCACUCAACGUUUUGGGAAAAAAGACCCCCCAACCACAAUAAGAAGAAAGAUAGGGGAGCUCCGGCAAGCACGAGAGACAUCAGCUGAGUUUGCAGAGGAGGUGAGACGCCUUAUCACACUUGCUUAUCCAGGGGUGGAUCUCCAGCUGCAAGACCAACUAGCAACUGAUGCUUUCCUCAAGGGAUUACGAAACCAAAAGGUGGCUUAUGAAGUCAUGAAUCGUGACCCAGGCUCCUUCGUUGAGGCCCAAAAGUUUGUGGAGGCCCAUGAACAUAACUUCAAAGCCACCGUGGGCCGUGACACUGAAGUUAAGAACAGAGCAAGACGCAUCUCAUGGGUUGAUGAAGGAGACUUAUGUGAGGAUACUGCUACAAUGUCCCGCAGAGUCCAGACCCCCCAGUUGAGACACUCCAGUCCACAAACACCGGACCCCACCGACCCAAAGCAGCCCAAAGCUCUUUACCAGAAAGAAAACAAAACUAUCAGGCACAACCCAACAGAGGUCGCUCUCAAUCACCAAGCCCAAAUCGUGGGGCAGCUGGUCCAUGCUUUAGAUGUGGAGAAACAGGACAUUUCCGAAAGGACUGUGCUAGGCCGCCCAGCCCUGUGGCUGCACGUAGCGAUGUCAAAGCAAAGUACAGUACCUCGCUAUACAGAUGACAGUGGUCCAUCGCUGCUGGUUGGGAGAAUAGCAACAGCCUUUGACAUUCCCGAACACCUCCAUGGCCUGGUCGCUGCUACAAGUGAGGCUCUCAAUGAGGAACAACAACAGCGGUUCAUUCAGCUACUGCUCACAUACCAAUCCGUCUUUGCCAAAAAUGACUCUGACCUUGGUUACAUGUCCGUUGUUACGCACAAGAUCGACACUGGAUUAUCUAGGCCUGUACGCCAGCCUGUGAGAAGAACUCCUCUGGGAUUUCAAGGUGAAGAGGAGGCACAUCUUAAAGCCAUGCUGGAAGAGGGUGUAAUCACACCAUCGGCAUCCGAAUGGGCCUCUCCAGUGGUCCUAGUACGCAAAAAGGACGGGGGAGUGAGGUGGUGUGUAGAUUAUCGCAGUCUGAACAGUCUAACCAUUAAAGACGCUUAUCCACUACCCCAGAUUGAAGAGUGCCUAGAUGUUAUUGGUGGAGCUUCAAUGUUCUCUACCCUCGAUCUUCAGUCUGGUUACUGGCAGAUUGCAGUGGAUAGCAAGGAUCGUGAGAAGACGGCUUUCAUCACCAAAUGGGGCCUUUAUGAAUAUACCAGAAUGCCAUUUGGACUCUGUAACGCCCCGAGUACGUUUCAGAGAGCGAUGGAGCUCGUCCUCAGAGGGCUUCAGUGGGAAACCCUUCUCAUCUAUCUUGAUGACGUCAUUGUCAUUGGCAAUGGGGUGGACCAGAGCUUGGAUCGGCUUGAGCAGGUUUUCCAGAGGUUCCAGAGCUAUGGACUAAAACUAAAGCCAUCAAAAUGUCACCUGUUACAAGAAGAAGUUCUCUUCCUUGGACACAUUGUGAGUGGCAACAGAGUUGGACCAAAUCCUGCUCUUGUCAAAGAUGUACAGCAAUGGAACCCCCCCAACAACCUACAAGAGCUGCAGGCCUUCCUUGGGCUAUGUAACUAUUAUCGCAAGUUUGUCCCAAGUUUUGCAGAGCUGGCAAGCCCCCUCCAUAAUCUUCUCAAAAAGGGAACAGUGUUUCAAUGGACUGACGAGCACCAAGCUGCUUUUACUAUGCUCAAAGAAAAGCUGACCACCGCACCUGUGUUGGGGUAUCCCCGUACUGAAGGAAAGUUCAUUCUGGAUACAGACGCCUCAAACAACAGUGUCGGAGCAGUCCUGUCGCAGAUCCAGUGGGGAGAAGAGAGAGUUCUGACCUAUGCCAGUAGCCACCUGUCCCCAGCUCAACAAAGGUACUGCGUCACUCGUCGUGAAUUACUCGCUGUUGUUCGCUUCACACGCCAGUUCCGCCACUAUCUACUGGGCAGGAAGUUCCUACUACGGACCGACCAUGGCAGUCUCACCUGGCUUUUCCGUUUCAAGUGCCCUGAAGGACAGCUAGCUCGUUGGCUGGAAGAGUUGAGCCAAUAUGACUUCCACAUUGAGCAUCGGGCUGGUAAGCAGCAUGCUAAUGCAGAUGCCCUAUCAAGGCUGCCAAACAACAUGGACAAAUGUGACUGUUACCAGGCAGGGAUAAAUCUGUCAGAUCUGCCAUGCAAAGGGUGCAGGUAUUGCUGGAAAGUUCAUGAACAGUGGGCCAAGUUCGAAGAAGAUGUGGAUGAUGUUGUGCCACUAGCAGUAAGGUGCAUUGAGCCCCAAGGCAACGCAAAUGUUGAUGGCACUCAGUCGGUUGAGAGUCAGCCAUCUGCACCUUUGCCAGAGACCCCCGAAGUCAACUGGCUUGAGUCCCUUAGUCCCGAGCAGCUGGCAACAUUGCAGAAAGCAGAUUCUGUUCUCGCUACUCUUCAUACAUGGAAGGAAACAGGGACACUCCCCACCAAAGAUGAAGUAAUGCUGGAGGGCCCUGCUGUAAGAAAGUUCUGGCUAUGUUGGCCCCAAGUCACAUUAAGACAAGGAGUCCUCUAUUACUCCUGGGACAGAAUUGGAGACCAGCACCCAACUCAGCUGCUAUUAGUUCCAUCGUCCAUGCAGAAAGAAAUCCUACAGUCAUGCCACAAUCCUCCAUACUCUGGUCACCUGGGAGAAGCCAAAACCCUACAGCGUGUGCGGCAAAGCUACCACUGGUAUGGAAUGGGCAGAGAUGUUCAGCUGUUUGUCAAGAGUUCACGAGGUGGGUUGAAGCUUUUCCAGUCCCUGACCAAGGUGCUGAAACGACUGCAAGAAAGCUAG